AUGACAAUCACACUCAAUUGGGCUAUAUUGGGUGCAGGAAACAUAGCUGCACAGUUUGUCUACGACUUGGUAUUGAAUAACCAACGUCAAACCGAGUAUCGCCACGUAGUUCAAUCGAUUGGGUGCUCGAACCAAGCACGCGGAUCCGAGUUCAUCAAAGCCAACAACAUCACCUCUGAGAACAACUAUGGCGUCAUCCCGGUGGUUCAAUCCUACCAGGAGCUUUACAAGAACCCCAAUGUCAAUGUGGUGUACAUUGGCACUCCCCAUGUCUUCCACAAAGAGCAAGCAAUAGAAUGCUUGCACAAUGACAAGCACGUCUUGUGUGAAAAACCAAUCACUGUGAAUGAAAAGGAUGCGCAGGAGAUUUUCACAGUGGCCAAGAAAUACAACAAGUUUUGCAUGGAGGCCGUUUGGACGAGGUUCUUCCCGGCAAUCCAGAUCGUCAAGCAAGAAAUUUACCAAACGAAAGUCAUUGGCGAGGUGCAUCGACUAUUUGCUGAUUUGAGCUACAACGGUGAUGUGCUGAGCUUGCCGGCAAGCUCAAGAGUCAGAGAUCGCAAGUUGGCAGCUGGCUCGUUGUUGGAUAUCGGAAUUUACCCCAUCACCUAUGCGAGAAUCUUGCUUGAUGACAAAGUAGGCGACGAGCACACCAGCUUCAAGCAUAAAAGCUUUUUGACCAUCGACAAAGAAGACCAAGUGGACCAUUUGUGUUCGAUUUUGUUCCAGUACAAAGAUGGAAAGCAAGCUGUGUUGACGUCAUCUGAACUUGUUGACGGCCCCAAGGCCUACGUGAGACUUGAAUGCACGGGAGGCUGGGUGGAAAUGUACAGCGACAACCCAGCAAGAGCUAACCAUUUCAAGAUUUUCGAUAAAACUGGCGGGUUGGUGUUGGAGUACAAGGACGAUUCCGGUUACAACGGGUUCAUUUACGAAGCCAAUGCCGUUGCUGAUGAUAUCAACAGGGGUAAAAUCGAGAACGAUGUCAUGCCCCACAAGGAAACGCUUUUGGUCAUGAGCGUGAUGGAUCUGAUUAGAAAAGAAAACGGCUUGACUUACGACCAAGAUUGA